GUAUGACACUUCAUGAGUCUGCAAUCGGAAAAGAUGUCAACUUCCGCCCAUUCCGUCAUGACGUCAACCGGGACUGCACUUCCUAUGGUGAAGAAGGAAUAGGGUUCGAGCAUCGUCAUCUAUAGGAAAGCGCCUUUCUCACUUCUUCUCCUCUCACUUUCACUUCUACAUACCUCAUAUUCCACAUAGGUACACCUCUUCCUGAGUAUUCUACAAUGAACCGUAAUAUCUCAUUCCGAUCGCGCAAAGAACCCCCUGCCAACCGGCACCGGUUCAGAUUCUCGACUUUCCGCGGGAUGCAAGCGCCUGAGCUGAGCAAGAAGAUGACCAAGCUGAUCAAGAACGAGAACUCAGCCAUCGGCGCCCACGAAGCCGCCAGCCGUGAGCGUUGCUCGAUCGCCGGUCAGCUUUCUGAAUGGGGCGAGGGCACUGAGGAUGACAACGUCUCCGACAUUUCCGACAAGCUCGGCGUGUUGCUCGCGGAGAUCGGCGAGCAGGAAGACGUCUUUGCGCAGAAUCUGGAAGACUACCGCAGUAUCUUGAAGCAGAUCCGCGACAUGGAAGCGUCCGUGCAGCCAUCUCGCGACCAGCGCCAGAAGGUCACCGAUGAGAUCGCCAAGCUGAAGUACAAGGAUCCUUCGAGCUCUCGUCUGGCCACACUUGAGCAUGAGCUUGUUCGGGCUGAGGCUCAGAACUUGGUUGCUGAGGCGCAGCUGUCCAAUAUCACGAGACAAAAGCUGAAGGAGGCCUAUGACAUCCACCUCGCGGCUGUGAUCGAGCGCUCUGAGAAGCAGACUAUCCUUGCUCGCCAUGCUCGUCGUCUCCUCAACUACAUUGAUGACAGCCCCGUUGUGCCUGGCGAUGCGCGCCAAGCAUACGCCCAUGAGCUCGAGGCACGCCAGGUCCUCGAGGAUGCUGAGAACGAUCUCCGGGGAUGGGAGCCCAGCGUUGAGCCCAUCACUUCGUCAGCAGCACGUGAGACUCGUAACGACAGCUAUAACGGACUCAAUGGCGUGGAAGAGCAUGAUCACGAAUCGGAGGUUUUGGAGCACUCCUCUACGGCGGAGACCGGCGGUGUCACAGCCCCCGUGGAGAGCGGUGCACCACCUGCAAAGAUGAUGGUCGAGGCUGUUUAAUGGACAGGCUCGCGAGACCCGGUCCAGUGGGCCACUGUUUCAUUGGACAUACUGUAGCUGUUAAGCUAUGUAAAGUCAAUUCUUCUCUCAGAUUGGGCACUCCGGUGCAAGGGUUUUCGGACUGGCGUUGGACAUGCAAUGGGACUAUACUCAGGAAAUAUGCAAAUUGUGUAUGAUAAGUAGUUUAGUUAUUAAUGAAUUGUAUCUU